CUCUCACUUCCUCACUCGAGCACGAAAGAGGACGGAGACGACAGGCAGAGGGAAGAUGUUUAGGCUCGAGGCCAACAUGUUUCUCACGUACACUGUAUAUUUCAUGGUAAGAUAUAUCAUUUGCACCCUUUUGAUCUGAGAGGAACAUUUUAUUCGAACAAAGGAAGAUAAUUAAACUACAGCAUUCCACGGAUACGACAUCAGUGAUUAAUCAGCUCUUCUUCGUGUGACACAAAUCACCUUCUGCAGUUUGAUUUAUCAGGUGGACUAUAUGUUGAGAAACUGCAUUUCCUUGUUCUGAAGAAGAUUUUAAAAUGGGUCGUGGAGUGAAAGAGGACAAAACGAUGACAAAAGGAGGCUCCGGAUGUUUUAAACUAAGUGUUAUUUUUCUCUUGCUAAAUAUCAGCAGUUUUGUUGUUCCGGUCACAGCAUUUUCACUGAAGUAUUGCCGAAUCAGUUACAAUGUCGCCAUAUGUUCCGGGAGUAAACUCAAAUCGGUUCCACAAGAUAUUCCCUCAACGGUGAACGGUUUAGACUUGUCUGUGAACAAGAUUCAAAUAAUACAAGCAUCAGAUUUCAAAACUCUAUCAGUUUUGACGCAGUUAGACCUGAAACGCAAUUUAAUUGACCAGAUACACCCAGGCACCUUUGCCAAUCUGAUUUCCCUCAAGAAGUUAAAUCUAAAUAAUAAUAGACUUGUUCAACUUGCAGAUGAUCUUUUUGAUGGUUUGAGCAACCUCACAGAGCUCAGAUUGUACAGAAAUCACAUCGGAGCAGUGUCAUCCACCUCUUUUAAGUCCUUGACAAGCUUGACAUUUUUGGACAUCUCCAAAAACAAACUGCACCACAUAACACAAGUUCAUACUAUACUACAGCAUCUGCCAAAUCUACAGGAGCUGGUAGUCAAAAAAAACAAUUUCACCACUUUUCAGUCGUGGGAACUGACAAACAGCUCACUAAAACUUGCUUCCCUUGAUUUGUCUCAAAAUCCGAUUGCAGUCUUUAGGAUCACUGCAGAUGUUUUUCCAAAUCUCGCCUGGUUAAACAUUGGCGGCUCUUCUAAAAAGCUACGGAUGAAAUGGGACGUGCACAACAAGACUUUUCUUAGUCGAGUGUCUACUCUUGAUAUUAGCGGGCUUCAAAUAACUUCUGAUGACAUGAAAACAUUACGAGACACCUUCAACUCCUCACUGACUUCUCUGAGGAUGAAUGCAAUGACACCUACAAAUCUUUCAGCGCUAAUCAACAUUUCCUGCACCAUCCCAACGUUGUCCGCACUCCAACUUCAACGGAACAGACUCUUUUAUGUCCGUUCAAAUUUCUUCCAGUUGUGUAUUAACGUAAAAGAAAUAGAUUUAUCAGACAAUUUAAUACGACGUAUUGAAGACCAGGCCUUCACAUCUCUUCACGGUUUAAGGAUCUUGAGUCUGAAUCACAACAAACUCACAUCUGUUCCACCUGCUUUGAGGAAUCUAACAACUCUUGAAGAGCUGAAUCUCAGCAAGAAUAACAUCAGCACACUUCAAUGUAAUGAUUUCGCCAAUCUGACAAAGCUCAGACAGCUCAGCCUUCAUCAGAAUGUAAUCUCAGCUCUACAAGAGUGUGUUUUCAAGAAUUUAAUACGAUUGCAAGUUUUAAAGCUACAGAACAACACCAUCUCCAAAUUAAACGGUGCUUUCAAAAAGUACUUGCCCAAUCUUAAACAACUGCGUUUGAAUGGAAAUAAACUGACCGCCAUUAAACGUAGGGAAUUUAUGGGCUUGCAAUCCCUCCAGAACUUGUCAUUACAUGAAAAUCAAAUAGGUGAAGUUGAAAAUGGGUCUUUUAUUGGAUUGACAAAUCUGACCGAUAUUCAGCUGCAAUCAAAUGAUAUUAAAAAAGCUGCACUAGACAAAGGGGGUUUCAAUCAUCUGAUAAAUUUAAUAAGAUUAGAUUUGAGGGACAAUCACAUUAAAUACUCCGACAGCUCACCUUUGCCUGAUCCACCAUUUUCUCAGCUGUCCCGUCUGGAGACAUUGGCUAUUCCUGGACAGCACAGCAGGGGGAAGUCCAAACUGCCUAGCAACUUCCUGCAAGGUUUGACUAAUCUUUUGGAUUUCAGUGCCAGGAACAUUCAACUUCUAUCCCUGGCCAAUGACACGUUUAAUUACACGCCUCGACUGCAAACGCUCGACAUUAGCUCAAAUGACCUUAAGGAGCUUUCUCCGGAAUUGUUUUCCCCAAUUCAAAGCCUUAAAAGCCUCUACGUAUCAAGAACAAGUCUUUGGUCUCUAGAUUUCCUUAUGGAUGCCAAACUAACUAAGCUGGAGUUCUUGCAGGCAAGAAAGAAUGAAUAUUCAAUUUUAACGGAGGAAUUAUUCAAUUCCACACCAGCUCUUGUUUACUUGGAUCUUCAAGGCAACAGCUUCACCUGUGCCUGCGAUAAUGCCUCGUUCAAAAAGUGGGCAUUAAAAAACACACAAACACAAGUUUUUGAUGCCUACAACUUUAUGUGCAACUAUCCUCCAGACCUCAAAAAUACAAAACUGUUGGACCUAGACAUCCGGUCAUGCACAGUGGACACUGGAUUUAUCUACUAUAUCUCCACCACAUUUACAAUCCUCCUGUUCAUGGUGGUGUCCUUCACCUACCAUUUCCUGAGGUGGCAGCUGGCCUAUGCCUACUACCUCUUCUUGGCUUUGCUCUUUGAGACAAAGCAUAAAAACAAGCAAGCUUAUGAUCAGUAUGAUGCCUUCAUCUCCUACAACACCCAUGAUGAGCCAUGGGUCAUCAGAGAGCUGUUGCCAAAACUGGAAGGGGAGCAGGGCUGGAGAUUGUGUCUGCACCAUCGAGACUUCGAGCCAGGUAAACUCAUCAUAGACAACAUCACGGAUGCCAUCUAUGGAAGCAGGAAGACCAUCUGUGUGAUCAGUCGCAGAUACCUUGAGAGUGAGUGGUGCUCCAGAGAGAUCCAGGUGGCCAGCUUCCGUCUGUUCGAUGAGCAGAAGGACGUGCUGAUCCUGGUGUUUCUGGAGGAGAUUCCGACCACUCAUCUGUCUCCUUACUACCGCAUGAGGAAGCUGCUGAAGAAGAAAACCUACCUGAGCUGGCCUCAAGCAGAGGAGCACCCUGAACUGUUCUGGGAGAAACUGCGCCAGGCUCUGAACACCAGAGAAGAUCUCGGAGACAACAGGUUCCUCCUGGUGGACAGACCGUGAUGGAAAGGAAGUACAAUCCUCUCUGAGGAGGUUUAGAGCCACAGUCCAUUGCUUUGAGUCUUCUUGUUGGUUGGUAUUACCGCUAGUCUAUAUCCACGACGUUCCACUUCCAGGAUUGCUCCGGUGCUGCCGGAAAUUCCGCCGGAUGUCACUCUUUUCGGCCAGAUGUCCGUUACCUUCCGCUUUCUUUGUGUU